AUGAGUUCCUGGGUCGGCACCACUCUUACCAAGGGGGCCAAUGCCCACGCUCAGACACUUGGUGAUAGAGUCUGCAGCUACGGUAACGACACUGGUGUUCCCAACCUGAUUGCGGUUGGUGAACAGACGCUUGCUGCCACCAAUUUUCUCAAGCCAAGCAACCGUCACAAGGCCAUCGCCAUCCCCUUACGAACUCUCCCAAUGCGUCUCUAUCAUCGGUCGCGGUGGACGCGGAGACCUGAAUGCCACAUGCCCUACACCUGGAUUUCAAAACCGAGGAGAAGCCAAGAGUAUUCGUCUCAAUCUUCAGGGCAAAGCGCAUGUUCUGGAACCGCUUUCGUCCUUCCUGGUGCUGCGGUGUACAGUGUUGGCGAAGUGAUUUCUCGCUGGCGCUCCGAGGACUACACCGUCACUGAGGCUUGUCGUUUGCUUGGUGUCGACUGA